UUGCAAGGCUACUCUUUAACUCAGCCUCAUGAUCGCUAUAAUGGGACCAAUUGUCUGAAAUGCUGCUGGGAGCAAACUCUUUCCCCCCAAAGAGACUGUAUUUCAAUCCCUGGAAAAGACAUAAUGGAAUGCCUCAGUGUGCAGGGUGAAAAAGAGCAAGAUCCAUAUGUCAGUGGUCUAGGAUGGCCAGUGAAGGCUCCAAUAUCCCAAGUCCUGUCGUGCGUCAGAUUGACAAACAGUUUCUGAUCUGCAGCAUAUGCUUGGACCGUUACAAGAAUCCCAAAGUGCUCCCAUGCCUGCAUACUUUUUGUGAGAGGUGUUUACAGAAUUACAUUCCAGCGCAUAGCUUAACCCUUUCUUGCCCAGUGUGCCGCCAGACAUCUAUUCUUCCAGAGAAAGGGGUUUCUGCACUGCAAAACAAUUUCUUCAUCACCAAUCUAAUGGAUGUCCUGCAGCGAACUCCAGACAGCAGUAUUGAGGAGGCUGCCAUCUUGGAGACUGUCACAGCUGUAGCUUCAGGAAAACCACUUUCCUGCCCUAAUCAUGAGGGAAAUUUGAUGGAGUUUUACUGUCAAUCCUGUGAGACAGCCAUGUGCCAAGAAUGUACAGUAGGAGAACAUGCAGAACAUCCAACAGUCCCUCUUAAGGAUGUAGUAGAACAACACAAGGCUUCUCUUCAAACACAAUUAGAUGCUGUGAACAAAAGGCUUCCAGAAAUAGAUACUGCAUUGCACUUCAUAUCUGAAAUUAUCCAUCAACUGACCAACCAAAAGACCAGCAUUGUAGAUGAAAUUCAUUCCACUUUUGAUGAACUCCAGAAGACGUUAAAUGUUCGCAAGAGUGUGUUGCUUAUGGAACUGGAAGUGAAUUAUGGCCUUAAACAUAAAGUCUUGCAGAAUCAGCUUGAUACUUUAUUGGAGGGACAAGAAAAUAUUAAGAGCUGUAGCAAUUUUACCGCCCAAGCUCUUAGCCACGGAACUGAAACAGAAGUGUUACUUGUUAAAAAGCAGAUGAGUGACAAGCUAAAUGACCUGGCAGACCAGGAAUUCGCUCUUCAGCCCCGUGAAAAUGAUCAACUGGAUUUCAUAGUAGAAACAGAAGGAUUGAAAAAAUCCAUUCAUAAUCUUGGUACUAUUUUAACCACAAAUGCAGUGGCUUCUGAAACAGUGGCCACAGGUGAAGGACUUAAGCAGACUGUGAUAGGGCAACCGAUGUCAGUCACCAUCACAACCAAGGACAAAGAUGGUGAGCUCUGUAAAACUGGAAAUGCUUAUCUCACAGCUGAGCUGAGCACACCUGAUGGAAGUGUGGCCGAUGGAGAGAUACUUGAUAAUAAAAAUGGCACUUACGAAUUUUUGUACACUGUCCAGAAAGAAGGGGACUUUAUUCUGUCUUUGAGACUGUACGAACAGCAUAUUAAAGGCAGCCCAUUCAAACUCAAAGUAAUUAGGUCAGCAGAUGUAUCUCCUACCACUGAAGGAGUUAAGAGACGUGUUAAGUCUCCUGGCAGCGGCCAUGUGAAACAGAAGGCUGUAAAGAGACCAGCCAGUAUGUACAGCACUGGCAAGAGGAAAGAGAACCCCAUUGAAGAUGAUCUAAUCUUCCGAGUAGGUACCAAAGGGAGAAACAAAGGAGAAUUUACAAAUCUUCAGGGAGUAGCUGCAUCUACAAAUGGAAAAAUAUUAAUUGCAGAUAGCAAUAAUCAAUGUGUACAGAUAUUUUCGACUGAUGGCCAGUUCAAGAAUCGUUUUGGUGUACGGGGAAGAUCUCCUGGUCAGUUACAACGACCUACUGGGGUAGCUGUGCACCCUUGUGGCGAUAUCAUUAUUGCAGAUUACGAUAACAAAUGGGUUAGCAUAUUCUCCUCUGAUGGAAAAUUUAAGGCAAAAAUUGGAUCAGGAAAACUUAUGGGGCCAAAAGGGGUUUCUGUGGAUCGCAAUGGACAUAUUAUUGUAGUGGACAACAAAGCAUGCUGUGUAUUUAUCUUCCAGCCAAAUGGGAAAAUAGUAACCCGAUUUGGAAGCCGAGGCAAUGGAGAUAAGCAGUUUGCAGGUCCUCAUUUUGCAGCUGUCAACCACAAUAAUGAAAUUAUUAUUACUGAUUUCCACAAUCAUUCUGUCAAGGUAUUUAACCAGGAAGGUGAAUUCUUGCUGAAGUUUGGGUCUAAUGGAGAAGGAAAUGGACAGUUCAAUGCUCCCACUGGAGUAGCUGUAGAUUCUAAUGGGAAUAUUAUUGUAGCAGAUUGGGGAAAUAGUCGAAUACAGGUUUUUGAUGGAAGUGGAUCUUUUUUAUCUUACAUAAAUACAUCUGCUGAUCCACUUUAUGGUCCUCAAGGUUUGGCUCUUACUUCGGAUGGUCAUGUUGUUGUUGCAGAUUCUGGAAAUCAUUGCUUCAAAGUCUACAGAUAUUUACAAUAAUAGUUGGAGUUGGAUCAUGUUUAAGAAGUUACUAGCUGCUGCGAGAGGCCAGUGUAGAUAAUAUUCCGCUUCUUAAAUAUUUCUUGUGUUUCUUAUUUAAAAAUUAAAACUGCAGAAUCUCCAGUAUGUUCAUUCUUUUAUUUUAUUCCAGACCUACCUUGUUUACAUAGAACUUGCAUAGAAUUUAUAUGCUCUGCACUGAUCUUAUCAUAAGGAUUAAUAAAUGAGACCCUACUUCCUAGUACACUGCCCCAACUAAGUAAAACCUUCACAAAGCCACUGGAAUACUAGAGAUAUAAACUGUGACUUGUAGAGCAGACAUUUAUAGAUAUAUAAGUAAUUGGAUAUACACAUGAAGGAGGGAAUUGACUCAAGAUGGUACUUGAUUCAAAAGAAUUUAUUUAAGUGUGAAUGGGAGAAGUUGUUUAAAUUCUCACAUUUGAAAAUUCUUACUAGUAAUAACAUUCAAUCCAGCAGGAUGUCUGGGAAUUUUCUAGAUCACAUUACUAUUGUAGGUAUUUCACUUACAUUAACAUUAUUCAGAUUUACUUAGUAACUUUAAGUAGUUUGUUUUAGUUUUAAAAGGAUGUGAGUAAUCCUUUCUGUUAAUUGGCAGACCUAACAACUUAAUUUUUAACAUUAUAAGAACAAACACAUAUUUUCUGUGGUGCGUGGAUUGAUGUACAUAUCUAGCAACUUUUCUAUUCUUCAAUAUGUGGAUUUUCUUGAAACCUGAAACUUUACUCUGGAAAUGUAGGAUAAUAUAACUGCUGAUAGUGCAUAGAAUCAAGUUCCAAUUAAGUUCUAAUUCAUUAAUUAACCCUAAAUUGGUAACUGUUAUAUCAGUUUAACUAAUUUUAAAACUGACAUUUAUACAUUCGUAUAUCUUCCUACAAUGCUUAUGAAAGCAGUCAAUUUUAUUCAGUUGCUUGUUUUUGCACAGGAAAACAAGUCUUACGUGUAUUCUAGUAGAAAUCUUGUAUUACCAAAGGAAGUUUGGGUAGGUGACAAAUUUUGAGGUGGAAGCCAAGGGUUACCAAAGCAGGGUAUUUUUUUUAAUUUCAAAAAUUUUAUUGUCUGUGGUAACUGUACAUAAGUGGAGGAUAUUGAAGAUACUUAAUUAGUGUGAGGCUACGUUAAGAUUCCAAAAAAGCUCAUAAUUUUCUUCAUUACAAAUGUGGAUAAUGUGAACAUUAAAAAAACAAUUUUGACUAUAGGCAAUUUUGAUGUACAUGUUUUUUUGGUGCCCUUUCUUGAGGUCUGAAAUUUUACUUUUAGCGAAAGUUUCUUCUCUUAUGCCUCCUUCUUGGUACAGGUCUUGUGAUUUCCAGUUAAUUGGGUUCAUAUCAGAGUGCAAAAUAUGUUUCAUUUUGAUUUCCAACAAAGGGAUAAUUUUGAAUAAUAUUGAAUAAUGUUUAGACCAAGUAAGAAUAAAACUGCAAUCAAUGGCAAAUGUUGUUUGGCACUAGCUUUAUGUAAGCAUGUACUUAAGAGUGUUGUCAACAUUUGGAAUAAUAUUGAAUUUCCUAUUUCAAUCAUGGCGCUCUCUAAAUAUAUUCCAUCUACACUACUGAAUAGGUGGAGCCCGAUAUCUUAUUUAAAAUACUGACAUGACAGCUCUAAUUGGAAGAAAAUAAAGAAAUUAUAUAGUUAGUACUGCUUCUAGUUAAUUGCCUAUAUUUUGGAACAUGACACUAUUAAAUUUGAAAGAAAGAAAAUGAUCUAUCUAAACUAAUGAUAAAUAUUGUUUUAAUACUUAGCCAAUAAUUUCAAAUAAUGUUAUAAAAUAAUUGUCUUAAAAAGAAUAUGCCAAGAAUCUAAUUUAAGAGUUCUUGGGUAGACAAAUGUCUGCAAAGGCAAUUCACACUAGAUAUUAUCUGUUCUAAACACUGAACCAAUUUGAAAGCUGUUUGAAUUUUAAGGGGGACCUGGAUUUCCUAUUUAUGAUUUUAUGAAUAUUUAUUAAUCAAAUGAACAAUAACAAAAUUGUAAUUGUUAACUGAGUUUCUGAUAUAAAAAGGCAUUUACAAAUUAAUCCAAAUGUUAUUGUUAGAAACAUGAUUCAAGGCACAUUGUCAUACCAAUCUGGCUUAAAAGUUUGAGAUGUGAAUACUUUUGUAAAGAUAAUCAUAUGAUAAAUACAAAUAUUUGCUUGUGUUUUUAAAAAGAAUACCAAGCCAAAUCCUAUAGUGACCUAAAUGGAAAUGUUUCUAGUAAAAAUCUGGGGUAUUUAUAUUCAUUUUAAUGAAACUUACUGUAGUUUUCUGUUCAUUAUAUAAAGGAUAGAAUAGAUGCUAAAUUGUCCUAAAUUAAUACAUAUAUAGUAUUUGAUGCAUGCAGGCAUGUCCAUGCAUUCCUUAAAACACUUUCCUAAAAUAGUUCCUCAGUUCUAAUCAAAAAUAACUUAGUAAUGCUUAGCGAUAUUUGAUUAAAAUUUGAAUUAUCGCUUCUUUCCUUUGCAACUACGCUAUCACUUGUUAAGGCAAUGUGGCCUUCCCUUUGAUAAUUUUUUUGUUAUGCAUGUUACUGUAAAUUGACUGAUGCUGCUAGAGAUCUGUUGAAUACUUCUCUUGAUCUUAGCUAAAAGGCCAAGGAGUGAGGAGGCCUGUUGAAUUGUAGAUCCUUGCUAGAAGUUGAAAGUAUAGAACAAUGAUGGUGAACCUUUUCAGCACUGAGUGCCCAAGCCAGAACAUGCAUGUAUGCACGAGCACUGGACACCCAAAGACUAGCUGGCUAGUGCACGCAUGCCUGUUUUUUGGCCGUUUUCCAGCAAGCGCAGAGAUCAUCUGGCUUGCCGGCAUAUGUGCAUCAGAAACCAGAAGAGCAGCUGGCGAUGGCAUGCGUGCCCACAGAGAGGGCUCUGCAUGCCACCUCUGGCACGCGUGCCACAGGUUCACCAUCAAGGGUAUAGAAAUAAGGCUAGAUGAGUCUACUCUAACAUUGAGUGUUUGAAAAAUGCCUAGUCAAGAUUGGAUUGUUUCUUGCUCAUCAAUUUUCCAAAGCUCACUACUAAAGCAUUUGUGUCCUGACGUAAGAGAUUACUGUAAAACUUGCAGUAUUGCAGAAUUGCAAAUACAAGAAACCAAUUUGGAUCCAGAUAAACAUUUACCAGAAUAUAGGCAUUUAGUCUUCUAAAUUAAUAUUCAAGAGUAGUAUGUGUAGAUUCAGCCCAAAUAUAUGACUCUGCCAAACCAACAGUUACUUUUUAAGGUAUAUCUGUACUGCAAAUGUGAACUGAAUUAACGGAAUCUGGGAGGCUGAAUUGUUUUAGUUUAUAUUUGCGGAACAGACAUCCCUCUUGUAUCAAGUGGUGCUGCAGUAAUGAGCAAUGCAUAUGUGUUUAUUCAAUGUAAACACUUGCUUGAUAUGUUUUUUUAAUGUUAAUUCAUUUUUGGAUAAACUUGCAAAGUGUAUAUUGAAAGGUUUUUAACUGUAAAAAGCUGUUAAAAUUAGUUAAGUUUUUACACUGAUUUAAAGUUUCAGCAAUGUAAUGAGAAAAUGUUCUCCAUUAUUGUUGACCUUUGUAAACAUUACAGGGCUUUCAACUUUACAGCUACUUUUUCUUUUAAUAUAACUGAAGAUUUAGCAUUGCCAUAUGAAAAGAAGUGCCCAUUAAGUUUUGCUUGUUGUGUGAAGAAAUGAUACCGGUAGCAAAGAACAAAAUGAUGCUAUCCAUUGAAAAUGCUGUUAAACUGUGAGCAGUGAAAAACAUGUGUUCUGAAGAAUGUAUGAAAGAUACUCUUUUUCCUAUAGUGUAGAAUGAUUCCUAGUUGUUGAUAGCUUCUAAUGAAUGUACAACAUUGAACUGGAUGUGUGCACAGCCUUAACCUCAAAAGUUUGAUUCCCCACCCCCCUUUAUGACAUGGGAAUGUUCCAUAAUAAGUAGCACAUAUUCUUAUAUCCCAAUGCUUGCAAUUGAAUUGUUCCACACAUUGUAUUCUUCAGGUUCUUAGAAUAAAUUAAUUUUAUUGAUGCUCUGAACAUUCCAGCUUUGUAUGACAGUUUCAUCCCUAUUUCAUUUUUAGGUACAUAAAGUUAUUAAGUUUCAUGUUCCCUGGAAAUAAUACUGAAAUUGUAGGACUUACUUUAUUUGUUAUACUCCCUUAUCAGUUUUAAUGGAUGUAUAAUUUCUAUCUAGUUAAGGCUGAGGAUGAAAGCUGUUCAUUGAAGAAUGUCUGUAGGUAGAUUUAGCUUCAUGUGUGCCAUGGUAUUUUUAUGGUUUAUUCUAUGAAGAGAGCUUAAAAAACCCUUUCACCUUAUUUUGGAACACUAAAAAAAAGUCAAAUGUGUAUCUUUUAUCAUGCACAACCCUCCCCCAAAUAAAACUGAAUGAAAAUUG